UAUUGUGCAAGGUGGAUUUUUACAUAUUACGAUUUUCAUCGGGUUAAAAUCAGUGUAUGAUGUUUUGAGUGCGAGUGCAAUUUAUGUCUUUGCAGAAUCAAUGUGACAAGUAAUGACAUCACAGAGUAGCUGGAGGGGAAAGAAAACACAGGAAGACAAAGGCGGGCACCGGGAGCAAGGCUAAUAUGCUGUUUGUUGUCCACGGAUCUUCGAGUCGUGUUCACACGUUUGCUUUUUGUACAACUUAUAUCGGCAUAACAUCAUUACAAUUACCCGAACAUCUGCAAUUGUCUCCUAUUUGAAACGGCGCAGUCACUCGGGCCGAUCUAUCGGAAUAACGAAGAAUGUACUGGGGUGUUGGUUUUGCAUCGUCCAGAUCAUGCGUAGUUGAUCUGAGCAGGAAUCAGAGCUUUUCUCUGGGACUGUGCGGUUCUGAUGAUCACUAUUCUUUUUAUGGAUACAUAAUCACUUUCCCUCUGCAAGAUUACUGUAGCAUCAUGUCAGGGCUGGGAGCGGAGUCAUGGUGGAAGAAAACGCUGUGCUUGACCGGAGGUGCCUUGCUGGCAGCGGCUGCAUAUCUCUUGCACGAAUUGCUGGCGAUCAGGAAGGAGCAGAAACUGGAUUCAAAAGAUGCAAUUAUAUUACAUCAGUUCUCUCGACCUGAGUGCAAGGUUCCUAGUUUGUCUCCUUUUUGCUUGAAGAUGGAAACGUAUCUUCGAAUGGCAGACUUGCCGUACCAGAAUUAUUUUGAUGGCAAACUCUCUCCUCAAGGAAAGAUGCCUUGGAUUGAAUAUAAUCAUCAAAAGGUAUCUGGCACAGAAUUCAUUAUUGAUUUUCUUCAAGAUAAGCUGGGAGUUAACUUAAAUAAACAUAUGGAUUCCAGUGAAAGAGCUGUUUCAAGAGCCAUUACAAAGAUGGCGGAAGAACACUUCUAUUGGGCCAUUGUAUACUGUCAAUGGGUGGACAAUCUCCAUGAAACUGGAAAAAUACUCUCUGUCUCAGGCCCAUUCAGUGGUUUUCUGAAAUGGAUACUAUGCCAUCUGACAAAAGGAAUUGUUAAACGGGAAAUGUAUGGUCAAGGCAUCGGCCGUUUCUCAAAGGAGGAAAUAUAUAUCUUAAUGGAAAAGGAUAUGCGAGCACUUUCAGUCAUCUUGGGUGAUAAGAAGUACAUCAUGGGCCCCAGGCCUUCGACAGUUGAUGCAGCUGUAUUUGGGCAACUUGCGCAGGCAAUGUGGACACUGCCUGGAACCAGACCGGAACGGCUGAUUAGAGAUGAGCUGGUUAAUCUUGCGAUGUAUUGUGAGAGAAUUAAGAGGAAGUUCUGGCCUGAAUGGACGGAAGAGAGCGACGAUGCUUCAUACAAUAAUGAAGACGAAACAAGUGAAGAUAGUUUGACUCCCACGCCACUCCAAGAUUUCAGUUUGUACUCUCGCACAGAAACAUUUGACGAGGAGUUAACGGAGAACAGUGUUUCCUAUUCACAAACUCCAGACACUGAUUAUACAGGCCAUUCACUCUUUGAUUCAGACGUGGAAAUGGACGAGUACACAGAUAACGAGCUGGUCAAAUGAAACGUGCUAAAGAAACGUCAUUGUGUAUUCUGCACUUUAAGUGGUAAAACUGAUGUACUCUGGAGGUCACUAGGAAUCACUCAGUACAAGUAUUGUCAUUCAGACCAAUGUGAAAUCAUUGCCAGUUACAAUAAUCGAGAAACUCCUUUACACCAGUAGUCUUCUCCUCUAUAUGUAUAGUACUUAACUGAUGUAUAUGCUACUAGAACGGUACAUUCAAUCAUAAUUGUUACUGGGUAGUGGAAUGUCCCAUGUACCUAAUACAUCAGAUUUUGAUACUGCAGUUCUUUACAAAUCUGCACAAAAAUGCUUCUCUUACAUUAAUUUUAGGCAUUUCCAAAACUACAUACAUCUAGGUAUAUGAUAAAACUUUCCAGUGCAUCAUAGUCCACUGUGAUAAAACUUGUCAUAGUCCAUCACAGUAUAAAUAAGGCCUUCAGUAUAUGGUUGUGAAAGACUAAGCUAUGGAAGGUCACAUAGACAAGUUUAUGUGUUACGUUAAAGGUGAAAGUAAAGUAUUUAAUCACAGAUAUACAAAUGCCAAUUCAGAGGCAGUUUUCAUUAGGGUGCAUGGAUAGCAGAAGUGUACUUAAAUGAUAUAUGUACUUAUCAACUAGGAUUACUUGUGAAUUGAUGAAACAAUAUUAUGUGGGAUUACUUUCUUGGAACUUUAUAUAUUUAGAUCGUGUUGCUUUUACACAAUGUGCCAGUGUGUGAAACUGAUGGUAAACAGUGUGGUUGUAAGCUUAUAUUAAUAGUUGGUUUGAAUCUCCUUGUUAUAUUUUGUUUCUACGAAGUGUGACUUGGCAAGGGGAGGUUUUGAAGAUAAUUAGUCAAAUAGUUGGCUGAUUCAUGCACUAGCAAUUGCCCCCAUUAUUUUUUUUUUAGUUGAGGAAUUACUCAAAUUGAGUUGAACAAAAAGGGAAAACGGAAGCUCCAGUUGGAAAGUUCUCAAAAAUUAGAAUGAGGAUCAUAAAUGACAUUUAUUAAAACUGCUGCAGAUGCUGGAAAUCUGAAAUAAAAUCAAAAAUGCCGUGAACACUCAGCAAGUCAAGUAGAAUCUGUGGAAAGGGAAAUAUUUAACAUUUCAGUUCCAAUACGAAAGGUCUUGGAUGCAGAGUGUUAACUUUACAGUGAGAACAUUGUUUCAAUACUGCUUUUUGACAUCAGAGUUUGAGUUUAGAUUAUUGUCACAUGCACCAACGCACAGUGACACACUUUUGUUACGUGCUAAUCAGUCAGUGGAAAGACAAUAUGGAUUACAA